AAAAGAUUUUUCAGCACCGCUUCAAGUGUUGUGUCAGUUGUGUCAGUCACUGUCGCUGUCGGCUUUUGCAGAAAACAAUGGAAGCAGUGUUACGGUUGCAUCAGCCCCACCUUGGAUUUGGAAGCAGACCCAUAACCUAUUUUUCUUCGAAAUCCACCAUUUUUCACCGCCAAAACUCUCUUUCCAUAAAAAGGUGCCAAGUUCGAGUCAUUGCUGCUUCUUCUUCUCCUUCUCCUUCCUUUCCAUUCGGAGAUUCAGGUAAAAAGAGGGUGGAUGAGAGCAAGAUCUUGAUUUUAGACGGCAUCAGGCACUCUUUGAUUAGGGAAGAGGAUAGCAUAAUAGUCAGUCUUUUGGAGAGAGCUAAGUAUUCUUACAAUGCAAAUGCGUAUGACAAAGAUGCAUUCCUCGUGGACGGUUUUAGCGGGUCUUUGGUCGAGUACAUGGUCCUGGAAACUGAAAAGCUUCAUGCACAGUUGGGAAUAUACAAAAAGCCAGAUGAGCAUCCUUUCUUCCCUGAAUACUUACCUGAGCCAAUGAUUCCACCUAUGCAGCACCCUCAGGUUCUGCAUCACUGUGGUGAUUCCAUCAAUAUAAACAAUACGAUUUGGAAUAUGUAUUUUAAGCAUCUCCUCCCAAGACUGGUAAAAGCAGGAAAUGAUGAUAACUGUGGAUGUGUUGCUGCUUGUGACAUUCUUUGCUUGCAGACUAUCUCUAAAAGAAUCCACUAUGGAAAAUUUGUUGCUGAGGCGAAGUUUCAAGAUGCUCCUCAUGAAUAUGAAGCCGCCAUUAAAGCGAGAGACAGGAAACUGUUGCUGGAGUUGUUGACAUAUGAAACAGUGGAUAAAUUUGUCAAGAAGAGAGUAGAAAUUAUGGCACAGCAAUAUGCCGCGGUGGAGAAGAUCGGUGAAACAGGCUAUAUACCCAAUUCUGUGUAUAGAAUAAAUCCAAGUUUGAUUGCAGAUCUUUAUGGAGAUUGGGUAAUGCCUCUUGCAAAAGAAGUGCAGGUGGAAUACUUGUUGAGAAGACUUGACUAAACAAACAGAAGAUGACCCUAACAGAAUAAAUGGCAGAGUGUUUGUACCUAUCAAUUAUGAAGAUAGUUUAUGCUCAAGUCAAACAGUGAAUAAAAAGAAGGACAAGGGUCCCUGCAUAUAAAUAAGUGUACUUAAAAAAUAAAAACAUCAAAUAAUGUAUGGAUUGUAUGCUUAUCUAAAAGUUUAGGCUUAACAGAUA